AUGGAGGGAACAAUGAAGUCUUCGGCCAACUACGUUCCUCUCACUCCGAUCAGUUUCUUGGAUCGAUCUGCCGUCGUCUAUGCUGACAGAAUCUCUGUCGUUUAUGGUUCCAUAAAGUACACAUGGCGGCAGACGCAUGACCGAUGUGUUAGAAUCGCAUCCGCUCUUUCCCAGCUCGGAAUCUCCAUUGGAGAUGUGGUUUCAGUGUUGGCACCAAACAUUCCAGCUAUGGUUGAAUUGCAUUUUGGUGUUCCAAUGGCCGGAGCUUUGCUUUGUACACUCAACAUUCGUCACGACUCCGCACUCGUAGCAGUCUUACUAAGACAUUCAGGAACAAAAGUUCUCUUUGCAGAUCAUCAGUUUCUCCAAAUAGCUCAAGGAGCUUGUGAAAUCCUUUCAAAGAAUGGUGAAAAAGCCCCACUUCUUAUCUUGAUCCAAGAGCCUAUUCUUGCUCAAUCUGUUUCGGUGAACAAGAACUUGAUGGAAUACGAAGAUGUUGUUGCCAUAGGGAAACCAGAUUUCCAAGUGAAAAGGCCAAACGAUGAGUGUGAUCCAAUCUCUCUAAACUACACAUCAGGCACAACUUCAAGCCCUAAAGGUGUUGUGUAUAGUCACAGAGGUGCUUAUUUAAACUCUCUAGCUGCGAUCAUACUCAAUGAAAUGCACUCUUCGCCUACUUAUCUAUGGACUAAUCCAAUGUUCCAUUGUAAUGGCUGGUGCUUACUUUGGGGCGUCACCGCAAUCGGUGGGACUAACGUAUGUUUGAGGAAUGUAACCGCAAAGGCUAUAUUUGAUAACAUCUCACUGCACAAUGUGACUAACAUGGGAGGUGCACCGACGAUUCUGAAUAUGAUCAUCAACGCUGCCGAGUCCGAGAAGAAGCCGCUUCCCGGGAAGGUUUCUUUCAUCAUGGGGGCUGCGCCGCCGCCAGCGCAUGUGAUCUUCAAAAUGGGAGAGCUGGGGUUCACUAUGAUUCACUCCUAUGGGUUAACAGAGACUUAUGGACCAGGUACGAUCUGUGUAUGGAAGCCUGAGUGGGACUCUUUGUCUACUGAAGAGCAGGCCAAGAUGAAAGCUAGGCAAGGAGUGAAUCAUUUGGGGUUAGAGGAGAUAGAAGUGAAAGAUCCUGUGAGUAUGAGGACUUUGCCUUCUGAUGGUGUGUCUAUGGGUGAAGUUGUGUUUAGAGGGAACACAGUGAUGAAUGGUUACUUGAAGAACACUGAAGCAACCAAGGAAGCUUUUAAAGGAGGUUGGUUUUGGAGUGGUGACUUGGGUGUUAAGCAUUCUGAUGGUUACAUUGAGCUGAAAGAUCGGUCGAAGGAUAUUAUAAUCUCUGGAGGAGAGAACAUAAGCUCGAUCGAAGUCGAGUCUGUUCUGUUCACUCAUCCUUGUGUUCUUGAAGCAGCUGUUGUUGGGAGGCCUGAUGAGUAUUGGGGUGAGACUACUUGUGCGUUUGUGAAGCUUAAGGAUGGGGCUAAGGCUAGUGCGGAGGAGAUUAUAAGCUAUUGCAGGGACAAGCUUCCUCAUUAUAUGGCUCCGAGGAGUGUUGUGUUUGAGGAACUUCCUAAAACAUCGACUGGGAAAGUUCAGAAGUUUGCUCUGAGGACUAAGGCUAAGGCUAUGGGAAGCUUGACAAAGAAAGGAAGAAGCAAGUUGUGA